UGCCGAUACAAUCGUCGUCUUCGUUAUUUAUCCACUUCACCAUUUCUGAGCGCAGAUAAAAGCAAAGCGUUAAAGCUCUUCAUAAGAAGGCCUUGAUUGCUCCGUCGCAUUAUCCAAUCAUCUUUCCGGACUCAGUUUUGAGAAGCCCAAGCAGAGAAAUGGAUAAUGAAUUGAAGCCGAUGGAUGCUGAGCAACUCAGAGAACAUGCUCAUAGAAUGGUGGAUUUCAUUGCUGAUUAUUACAAAAGCAUCGAGGAUUUCCCCGUGCUCAGCCAAGUAGAGCCCGGUUAUCUUCGAAAUCUUCUACCAGAAUCCGCACCUCAUAAUUCAGAAUCUCUGCAAAGUGUUCUUGAUGAUGUACAGAAAAAGAUUUUUCCAGGUGUAACACAUUGGCAGAGCCCCAGCUACUUUGCUUAUUAUCCUUCUAACAGCAGCAUUGCCGGAUUUCUUGGGGAAAUGCUCAGUGCAGCUUUUAACGUUAUCGGUUUUAGUUGGAUUACUUCUCCAGCUGCUACAGAACUUGAGAUGAUAGUUCUUGAUUGGCUUGCCAAAUUACUUAAGCUGCCUGAUGACUUUCUCUCGUCAGGAAAAGGCGGGGGAGUAAUACAGGGAACUGCCAGUGAAGCUGUUUUAGUUGUGCUACUGGCUGCCCGUGAUCGAGCUAUGAGAAGAUUUGGAAAAGAUUCCCUUAGAAAACUAGUGGUUUAUGCAUCUGAUCAAACACAUUCUGCUUUACAAAAAGCAUGCCAGAUUGGAGGCAUUCAUCCUGAGAAUUGCAGAUUGUUGAAAGCAGAUAUUUCUACCAAUUAUGCCCUCUCUCCCGAUGUUCUUUCUGAAGAACUUUCACAUGAUACAGCCAGUGGAUUAAUUCCAUUUUUCUUAUGUGCUACAGUUGGCACUACAUCAUCAACAGCCGUAGACCCUCUCCCAGAACUAGGAAAUAUUGCCAAAAGGUUUGAAAUGUGGUUUCACGUUGAUGCUGCUUAUGCUGGAAGUGCAUGUGUAUGUCCUGAAUUUCGACAGUACAUUGACGGUGUUGAAGAAGCCGACUCAUUCAAUAUGAAUCUUCACAAAUGGUUCUUGACGAACUUUGAUUGUUCAGCCCUGUGGGUCAAGGACAGGCAUGCCUUGAUCCGGUCACUUUCUACUAAUCCUGAGUUCUUGAAGAACAAAGCCUCUCAAGCAGAAAUGGUUGUGGAUUACAAAGAUUGGCAAAUUCCACUUGGGCGCCGUUUUAGAUCAUUGAAGGUCUGGAUGGUGUUACGACUGUAUGGUACAGAAAACCUUCAAAAAUACAUAAGAAACCACAUCAAGUUGGCCGAACGUUUUGAAGCACUUGUACGUGAAGAUCCCAGGUUUGAGAUUGUUACACCAAGGAUAUUCUCUCUAGUAUGUUUUCGCCUUCUGCCGUCUCGCAAAAAUGAAGAUGGUGGCAACAAACUAAACCAAAGUCUAUUAGAUGCUGUAAAUGCCAGUGGAAAUAUUUUCAUUUCUCACACGGUUUUAUCAGGAAAAUACAUCCUUCGAUUUGCAGUAGGGGCGCCAUUGACAGAGGAAAAGCAUAUUAAUUCUGCUUGGAAGUUACUCCAAGAUGCGGCUUCCACUUUGCUUGCAAUUUGAAACGUAGGUCUUUUAUCUUAUUUUCAAGUUUUAUUUGCAUCAUAAUCUCGUACAUAUAUCAUUUAGUGAGGAAAUAUACAUCCUUGCAAUUGUCGUACUAAAAAAAAAUAUUUGAUUCUUCGUGUUUCAAACUAUUGUUUUGACUUUAAGUUGUCAACAUGCAUUAGUUAGUCAGUCAAAGUGGGCUUAGUUAAGUAAUAGUUGGCAUGCA